AUUAAAAAAUAUGGCCUCACUACUCCACUUUGCACUCUCGUCUCUUCUACUUGCUUUAACCUCGCAAGCUCAUGCGGCUUCCUACGGCUACAAGCCCUCGUCGAGUUAUGUUCCAACAAGUAAUUAUAACAAGGUCGUCUUGAACACCAUAGACUCGUGCUGGCGCACCAAUGCCAACUGGGCAACCAGCCGCCAAGCCUUAGCCGAUUGUGCUGUGGGCUUCGGCAAAGCCGCCAUUGGAGGCAAGUUUGGUGCUAUUUACGUAGUCACCACUCCAUUAGAUGAUCCAGCUAACCCUAAACCAGGCACACUUAGAUAUGGUGUCAUCCAAACAAAGCCUUUAUGGAUCAUAUUUGCCAAGGAUAUGGUUAUCAAUCUUAAGAAUGAGCUGAUGGUGAAUAGCUUCAAGACUAUAGAUGGAAGAGGGGCUAAAGUAGAGAUAACAAAUGGACCUUGCAUUACAAUUAAAGACGUUAGCCAUGUAAUUAUUCAUGGGAUUAGCAUUCAUGAUUGCAAGCCAGGGAAAUCAGGCAUGGUUAGGGACAGUCCGACACAUGUCGGCCAACGUACCGGCUCUGAUGGCGAUGGAAUUGUUAUUUUUGCUUCUUCAUAUGUCUGGAUUGACCAUUGCUAUGUUGCACAUUGUACAGAUGGCCUAAUUGACGUGAUUCAUGCUUCUAAUGCAAUUACCAUCUCUAAUAAUUACUUUGCUAACCAUGACAAGGUAAUGUUGCUCGGACACAAUGAUGGGUACUCGGCGGAUAAAGUAAUGAAAGUAACAAUAGCCUUCAACCGCUUUGGCACCGGACUUAUCGAGAGGAUGCCUAGGGUGAGAUUUGGGUAUGCACAUGUGGCCAACAAUCGGUAUGAUGAAUGGCAAAUGUAUGCAAUUGGUGGUAGUGCUAAUCCAACAAUUUUCAGUGAAGGGAACUACUUUGAUGCUUCUAAUGACUACUCUUCAAAGCAGGUUACCAAGAGAGAAGUGAAAAGUGGGUGGACAAACUGGAAAUGGAGGUCUUCAAAAGAUGUAUUCAAGAACGGUGCAUAUUUUGUGCAAUCAGGAUAUGGAACUAUACUUCCACCUUACUCAAAAACUCAGUCGUUUCCUGUUGCUUCAGGAUCAUUGGCUCCUGCUCUAACAUCUGCGGCGGGUCCUUUAAAUUGUGUUGUUAGGAAAUCAUGUGCAUAUUAGUAAACAUGUCACAAAGUUACAUUAGUUGAGUUACUUCAACUCAAAUUUGUAAAUCACAUAAUUCAUACAGUUUCAAGAGAUACAUAGUCAUCAA